UGUGAUUGGUCAGGCUGAGGCACGUGUGCGGUGCAGCUGUCCGCGUACCGUGCUCCAUUGUUUCCCAUCGGCCGGAAGCGGUGCUGCUGCUGCCUGUGCUGCUGCUGCCUGUGCUGUUCUCCAGCCGCUUUCCAGGCGCCGCUCCGCAGGUCUUCAUCCUUGCACUGCUCUACAACCACAGCACAAUAGAGCACAGCACAGCAGCGCCCAUACAGACCCGCACUGCCUGCAUGAUAUGCCAUUCAGCACAUCCAGCACAGCUCGCAUGAAUAAGACAAAGCACGCUGUCUGCACCCUCGCUGCUGUCAGGCUGCUCGGAGAUGGAGCAGAAUGAAUGAAAUUUGAAGCAAGUCAUUCUACAUUUAAGACACACACAGGUGUGGUUUGCUGGCAGCCAUGAGUGGAAUACUGAAGAGGAAGUUUGAGGAGGUGGAGGGGGCGUCUCCAUGCUCGUCGCUAAGGGAGUCCGAGGAGGAAGAGAUAUCGAGCAGCGAGAGUGGAGACAGCAGUGACAGCGUCAACCCCUCGGCCUCUCGCUUCACACCGUCCUCCAUCCUGAAGCGAGAAAAGCGGAUGAGAACUCGCCGGGUGCAUUUCGAGAAAGUGACCGUGUACUAUUUCAGCCGGCGGCAGGGCUUCACCAGCGUUCCCAGCCAGGGGGGCAGCACCCUGGGCAUGUCCAGCAGACACAGCUCUAUCCGGCAGUACACACUGGGCGAGUUUGCCAACGAGCAGGAGCGCAUACACAGGGACAUGCUGAGAGACCACCUGAAAGAGGAGAAACUCAACUCCAUCAAACUCAGGCUGACUAAAAAUGGUUCUGUGGAAUCAGAAGAAGCCAAUGCUCUCACACUAGAUGACAUCUCAGAUGAUGACCUGGACCUGGACAACACCGAAGUGGACGAGUACUUCUUCCUCCAGCCACUGACCACCAAGAAGCGCAGAGCCCUGCUGCGCUCGUCUGGAGUCAAGAAGAUCGAUGUGGAGGAGAAGCAUGAGCUGAGGGCCAUCCGAGUGUCCAGAGAGGAUUGCGGCUGUGACUGCAGACUUUUCUGUGACCCAGAGACCUGCGCCUGCAGCCUGGCAGGCAUCAAGUGUCAGGUGGACCGCAUGUCUUUCCCCUGUGGCUGCACUAAAGAGGGCUGCAGUAACGCAGCCGGCCGGAUCGAGUUCAACCCCAUCCGCGUGCGCACGCACUUCCUACACACCAUCAUGAAGCUGGAGCUGGAGAAGAGCCGGGAGCAGCAGCAAAGCUCCGCCCCUGCCACCGCUGCCAGCGGGUAUCACAGCGACACCAACGGCCACUGCAGCCCACUGGCAUCCGGCCAGCAUGCCCUGGAAUACUCUCUGUCCGAUCCAGUCCAGCAGAGCGCCAUCAUGCACCUACAAGCUGUAGACCACAUGGACGAGGCCCUGGAAGAAGAAGAGGAGGAGGAGGAAGAGGAGGAGGAAGAAGAAGAGGAAGAUGAUGAUGAAAACGAAGAUGAAGAAGACGAGGAGGAUGAGAGCAGCAGUCUGUGCAGUCUGUCAGACUCGAGCACGCAGAGCCUGGCCAACAGCGACUCUGAGGAGGAGGAAGAUGACGACGUUGACAAUGAUGAAGACAAAGCCGAGGAGUUUGAGGAUGGGCUGAGUGCUGUUCCUGUGUCACAUGGCGACGUAGUUCCUGCAUCUUCUGUGAUGUGCUACUCUGAGAACGCAGUCUCGCAGGAGAACCAGGCCAACGGAAACUCGUACUUCAUCAACUCCUCGGCUGAGUAUUAUCAGAUGGAGAACACAGCGGCUUCAGUUCUAGCUGCUGCCAGCCAGGCCAGCGAGAGCUAUGGAGGAGAUGCCACGUCAUACCAAGACAGGGUUAACAACUCUAAUGGAGUGAUGGCACAGGGACCCUUUAGCAUGAGCACCGAGCAUUACACUGACUACUCCCAGCCACCCGAGGACCAAUACGCCAAUCACCAUUUCACUCUCACUAACGGAUCCUCGGCCGUGAUUGGCUGCUGCGACCCGGAGCAGGACCACAGCGUCCCGUCAAAAGGGAACUUCCACAGCCAGUCAGGAGAGCUGAGUCAGAUGGAGUUCCAGAACUAUCUGAACAAUAACACGCAGGAUGGCUACACGACGAACGGGAACUGUUUUGUGGUAGAGCAGCCAAAGGAGGUUCCCUCAUUAGCAGACGCCACGAAAGGCCCGCCAAUGCUGGAGCCUUUUGCAGAGCCCACGCCAGUUUAGAUACCUACACCACCCACACGCAGGAGAAGAAGAAGAAGAAGAAGAAAUACAUCUUAUAUGGUUUCACUGGUAAGGUACUAGUGACGUAUUUGGUUCAGAUACCACACAGACUGGAAGAAUGGCCUUUGUUCCUUCACUCGAAGGAGUUUCAUUUAAACACAUUGACUCACUCAUGUGAAAGCAAGAUGGAAGGAUUCAUACAUAUGUAUUUUUCAAUAAGCCAGAAAAAAAAAAAUCAGUGAUUUAAAGUGCAAAUGAAGAGCAGAAGACAUAAACCGUAAGCUUUAGGCUUGUGCAAUGUAUCUUGUAUUUCAGAAGUAAAAGUUCUAGUUUUGAGCUGAUAUUGUGGAUAGAACUUUUCUAUGUCUGUGUGUCAGUGGUUCAAAAAAAAAACAUUGCUGUUCAUUAAUAUGUUCGGAGAAAUGUGUAUACUUAAUCGUUUUGAUAAAAAAAGCAUGUUAUUUUGUAGCUUUCGUUGCCAAUUUAUGGUUUUUGUAAGAAUUUGCAUUGAUGUACUGUAAAAAAAAAAAAAAAGACAGUUGAGUUCUCGUUGUUACAUAUAUAUAUCAUGCUUUUAAAGCAUUCGUAAAAGCAUGAAGCCCGCUCUUGAAAUGUUUGCUGUUUUUGCCUUUUGAUUCCAAUACCAAAAUCACAAGAUUUAAGUUGUGAAUAUAGUACAUUUCAUGGAAAUGAUGCACUUUUCCAGGGGGCUGAUGCCACACUGAAUGGCGGACAGUGUUUUGCAGAGCACUGACGAGGUGGACUUAUUCUCUUACUGUACCAUUAUUUAAUGCUCAUCACAACAUUCAGGUUCUGAAGUGUGAGAGAGAGAAGAGUUCUUCAUUUCAGCAUUUCCAGCUAUUAUCUUUGGGGCUAUACAGGGACAUGAUGAAAUGCACUUUGAAAAGCAUUGAGUUACUUGUUACGAGGCAUUGCGUAUCUUUGAAAUUAAAUUAUGAAAUAUAGCAGUGUGUAAAUGAUUAAACUGUGAAAUCUAUGGAAACAAAGAGUAAAAUACACUAAUAGAAGUGAUAUUUCUAAUAUUAGAUUUGUAGCGAGGUUUUUUUUUUUAUCAGAACUGAUACUGAGAAGGAGCAGAGGUCUAGUGAGGAGCUCUGAUUUCCUGUGCAGAACAUUUAUAAUAAGAAAUGUAUGGCAGCAUAAAAUAGUUUCCCUUUUUAAAAUGUUAAUAUGAACUGCAGAUUAAGGAAUGCUGGAAGAUCUGAUAAAGAGACAUUCAAUUUGAUAGUAUUUAUAUAAUAAAUUGACUUAUCUGAUCACUUAAUAUCUAAAGACUAAUUUUGAUAAUAAUUCCAGUCUAUAUAUGAGCAAAUUAAUGUUGAAGGAUAAUUAGUUUGUCAAGUGCAAUACUGUACUAAAAUGGGUAAUCUACAAGCAACGGCUGUGUUCAUUUCCAAAGGGUAUUUUACCAGAGGUCAGUCCUUCACUCGCUGGGUAUGAACCUCAUUGUUCAUUUACUGAUACAUCUUGAAAUUAAGUCUUAUUUAACGCACAAAUCUUGUGGCUUUCUUUAUAGUGUUUAGAGGAUGUGUAGGCUGUUUUCUGAUUUUCAGGUUGGUUCUCAAACGAAAAAAAAAAAAAAGCAUAAGGAUUGGACAAUCAUAUUCCUGUAGUGAUUUUGCCAGUGUGCAGGAGAAACACUGUCCUGACCUCAAGAAGUAUAUAGAAACACAGGCUGCAUCCAAACCUACAUACUGUUACCUGCUUCUCUAAUGCAGUGUUUAUUAACCCUGGAGCCGGAGACCCACUGUCCUACACAUUUUAGUGCUUUUUCUGCUUUAACACACCCACUUUAACUCAACAGUAGGCUGUUAAUCAGCUUAUUAGUGGCUGAUUCGAUAGGACCAGGUGUUAGUCUGGGAGAAAGCAGAGAAAGCAUUAAAAAAAAGGUACAGGACAGCAGUUCAUUCAGGACCAGGUUUGAGAAAUAAAUGCACCAAUGAACACACUGCUUAUGCUGGUGUGCUCUUAUCAUUUUUAACAUAUUAGACUGCUAGGCUAUGGGAGAACAGGUAUGUGGUUUUGGACGCAGCCAUGAUCCUUUCACAGGAAAUAAGGCCAUAAAUGGGUUAACUAUCUUCUACAACAAAGCAGGCUAGCUAAAUCAUUGAACAAACGAAGGGAAGUAUUGAAAGUUCCUAGAAGAGGAUAGUUUGGAAGGUCAACUGGAACAUUGCCUUUGCUGUGGCUCACAGAAGCAAAAGUGAAUGCCUUUAAUUUUCAGUCACAAUCGACUCUGCCUUUUCUCUGAACAGGAAAACGUGGAGUCGCGUCAUAAGCUAAAGUCCUUACACUUCAGUUUUGCCUUGAAGAUAAUGUCACAAUGUUUCUACAGUCUGUGUAUUUUUUUUUAUGUUUUCUUCAUUUACCUCUUUUAACUUACUGACAGUGCUCAUAUAACCUCAUCUCUGGUGGAGUAGAAAAGAUGUACAGCCUGAACUGGGCUAGCAGUGCUAAAGCUAAAGCUGUGAGAACAGGCAGCACCAGCUACUGCAGCCCAGUUAGCAUCCCCGGGACAUUCUGUUUGCAGUAUUUAUUAUGAAUGAUCUAUUGAAAUGUGUAUUUAUUGUGGUUUCCUGAAACAGUAGCUAUGUAUUGAAUAAAACCUUUCUUUGCUAAA